AUUUUUUUUCUCCCCCAAUUUCUAAAACAAGAUAAAGUUGUUUAUUACUCCCAUUAUUGUACUCAGUCCUCCUCUUCAAUCUUCAUCUCAUCGGCCUCUUUGUAAUCAAACUUCUUCUUCUUGUUCCAUGGCUACUAAUCGCUGGCUCAGGCCCGAGGUUUAUCCACUGUUUGCUGCCGUUGGAGUUGCAAUCGGAAUCUGUGGACUUCAAUUGGUUCGUAAUAUGCGUAUCAACCCUGAAGUCAGGGUAAACAAGGAGAAAAGAGCUGCUGGCAUCCUGGAGAACUUUGAAGAGGGAGAAAAAUAUGCUGAACAUGCUGUCAGAAAGUUUGCUCGUAGUAGGCCACCAGAAAUUUUCCCUAACCUUAAUAGGUUCUUCAGUGACCCUCAAAAGAACUAAUCACCUGUAACUUGGUUAGAAUAAACUUCAUCAUUAUAAUGGUGAUUUGGAAUGUAAUGUGACUGUCACACUAAUCUGUUGUGCUGGAUGAAUUGCAGUAUCGAUGUGUCUGUAAAAUAUGUUCCUCUGUGACGGUUUGUAUUGAGAC